AUGUUUUACCUAGCCAAAAAAACAGAUGAAGAAAGCGUGGCACAAUGGAGUGCUCGUUUAAGAGACUUAGCAUCAAAAUGCGGUUUCGGAACAGAAUUAGAAGUCGUGAUGCGUGACGUGUUCGUAGUCGGGAUGGGAUCAGGACGGGUUCAAGACCGUCUGUUGGAAGAGGAUGCGUCAAGUCAAACAGUCACGCUGGUUAAAUUGGUGGAAAUUGCAACCAACAAGGAAGCAACAAUCAACGCAAGCAAGCAGUGGACAGCAGGAGAUGCGUCAAUCAACUUCACUAGACCAAAAGAAGAGAAAACCAUCACAAAGCAAACAAGGGGAGGGGACAACAGCCACGUCAACGGCAAGGUCAAAUGCGGUGUCUGCGGGCGCGCUAACCACUCCACAAACACUUGUAAGUUUAAAAAUUACACAUGUAAUGCGUGUGGGGUAAAGGGGCACUUAGCCCCAAUGUGUUGUUCUAAACCUAACAAAUCCAAGUCAGGGUAUCAAAGUAAGACUCGAAAUAAAUUUCUAUCGGAAGAGGACGGAGACGACUCUUCUUGCGUAAAUUUAGCCUAUUCUUUUUUUCUAUGA